UGCGGACACGUGCUUCCGGUCCGCCCGCAAGGUUUGCACGUCUUCUGGGUCGUAGAUCGCUUGCAGUCAUGGCGCAGGGGUCGUUGAAGCUGAAGGCAAAGCCUAAGAAAAAGAACACCAGCAAGCCUUCAGUGAUGAGGAAAGGAGCCCGACUGAUUGCACCUAAGAAGUCUCGGGUGAUCCACCAGCAAAAGCUCAAGAAGAAUCUGGAAGUCCAGAUCCGGAAUAAGAUCGAGCAUGACGUCACCAUGAAAGCCAGCGCCAACAUGCCUAAAAAGCUUGCCUUGCUGAAAGCACCAGCACAGACAGGCAAGAAAGAGAAGAGCGCCCCUGCUGGCACCAGCAAGACAUGA